UGGGAGCUCGCAUUCAGCAUAGUCCAAGAGAGGGAGAGCGAACUGAUGUCAGCCUACGAGGAGUAUCUGUCCUCUCUGCAAGGCAGCACUGCAGCCGACGCAAACCUUUCCGCCCCAGACUUCAUCAAAGCCAUCGUGAACAGGGCUAUUAAGGAUAGAGAGGAGAAGAGGUGGCGUGUCUCGCUCCUCGGCACAGACAUCGAAGUCCGCAAACAAGCUGAGAGGCUGGCAAAGCUUCUCCUCUGGUCUGAACCGAUCGUCAAAUCUGCUGUAAGCAAUCAACCAUAUGCGGCACUCGCGUGGUCCGGUGUCUCGAUUCUUCUUCCACUUGUCACAAGCAGCAUCACACAGAAUGAAGCUAUGCUAAAGGGCUUCAACUCGAUUGGCGACGUUCAAAUGUACUGGCGAAUCUGUGAGGAGACUUAUCUUCCGUCUCUUGCUGGUCCGUCUCAUCAGCAUUUUAUCGACCCCUUGGCCAAACUGUAUUCAUACAUCAUCGAGUAUCAAGCGCGGGUCAUAUGUCACCUCUCCAAGAGGCAGCUCACUCGAGCAUGGAGCGACAUAUCUAGCCCUGGAGAAUGGGAAAUCAAAAUACAGGAGAUCGACCGGCUCAACCAAGAGUGUCGCGAUGUCCUCCGCCUUCUCAAUGCCGACCAGAUUGAGAGCAAAUGGAAGAAGCAACUGUAUGAGAUGCAAGAGUCGCGCGCUGCUCUCGAUAGAAUCUACAAUGCCCUCCUCGAUAGCGGACUGGAAUUUCGAAAGAGCUCCAAGGACGAAAAGGCUACCGAGCUCCUUUACCUUCUCGCGUCUGAUUACCAGGGCGACAAGAAUUUCAACCCUCAAAAGGUUCCAGGGACUUGUGAGUGGUUUUUUGCAGAUGGAAGAUUCCGCAACUGGCGUGACAGCGACGACUCUCGUCUUCUCUGGGUGUCCGCGGGCCCUGGCUGUGGAAAGUCGGUUCUUUCACGAGCGUUGAUCGAUGAAAGACGGCUGUCUACCAACGUGACCACGUCCACCGUUUGCUACUUCUUCUUCAAGGAUGGCGAUGAAGGCAGGAUGUACGCCCACAACGCCCUUUGUGCAAUACUCCACCAGCUCUUCGUCCAAGAUUUUACCGGCAAUCUCAUUGAACAAGCUCUUCCCCGCCAUGAAAAGUUUGGCGAGAAGUUGACAAAAACUUUUUCCGAGCUAUGGAACAUCUUGAUACAGUGUGCCACCUCGUUGGAUUCUGGCGAGAUCAUAUGUCUUAUCGAUGCCCUGGACGAAUGCCAUGCCGAAAGCAGAAACAAGUUGAUCGAUGAACUCAAGAACUUGUAUCAGAAUUCUUCAAAGCGGCCACCAAGACUCAAGUUUCUCAUCACAAGUCGACCCUAUGAUGAUAUAGAAUUGUCUUUUAGACGGUUGUCUGAUACUACGGCAUACGUACGAUUCGAUGGUGAUGACAAGUCUGCGGAAAUAGGCGACGAGAUCAAUCUGGUCAUAGACGCUAGGGUGAACGAAUUUGCACAGGACUUCAAGGAGAAAGAUCGCCGCCUCAUUGCUGACCGACUGAAGAGUACGGGGAACCGCACAUAUCUCUGGCUCUAUCUUACGGUCGAUAUCAUCAAGAGAAGCCCGAGCGAAUAUGGUAGACGCGUCGACGUCGAGACUCUUCUUUCCAGUCUACCAUCAGAGAUAUCCGAGGCCUAUGAGAAGAUCUUGGAGAAAAGCAAGGGAAGCACUCACACGAAAGCCCUAUUCCAAAUCCUUCUGGCAGCAGCACGACCUAUUUCUUUGGAAGAAGCCAAUUACGCCUUGACGCUGGCUACAGCAAAAGAGCGAUUUGAUUCCAACAAGGCUCUAGAAGAUGGGCUAUGGCCAAUGGACACUUUCAAGGAUAAAGUCAAGAAUCUUUGCGGCCUAUUUAUCAGUGUGUAUGAUGAAAAGUUAUCUUUCAUCCACCAGACAGCCCGAGAGUUUCUUCUCAGUCUCAAACCAAAAGUGACCUGGCGGGGUCGGUUUACCAUGCCAAAGUCGCACAGCAUGCUAUCAUCGGCAUGUCUACAAUAUCUACUCUUGCCGGAUCUCUCAGCCCAGGAUAUCUCUCACAUAGACAUUCGAAAUGCCCCCCCUUACAGAUUUCUUUCAUACGCCGCUGCAUAUUGGUCUAUGCACUAUAAUUCACAGGAUGUCGCCGAUGCUUCUCUAUCUCGGAGGGAGGCGCACAUGGUCUGCCGU